AUGGACGCCAACGUCCAACGCUUGCUAACAGAUAAGCUCUACGACAAGCGGAAACAGGGGGCUCUCGAACUAGAAAAGCUGAUCCGAGAAUCACUCGCAACAAAGGACCAUGAGAGAAUACGAAAAAUUGUCGAUCAGUUGUGCCAUGAAUAUGCCUAUGCUGUUCACCAGCCGUAUGCACGCAAUGGCGGCCUCAUCGGCCUCGCCGCAGCCUCUAUAGCACUUGGUUCGGACGAGGUUGCCAGAUAUCUGAACGAAAUCGUACCGCCGGUACUCGCGUGCUUCACAGAUCAAGAUGCACGGGUCAGGUACUAUGCGUGUGAGGCCAUGUACAACAUUUCCAAGGUGGCUAAAGGCGAAGUCUUGCUGUCCGCCGAUUCUGAACUCUCAGUAAAGAAUGGUGCUGAGUUACUGGACCGUUUAAUCAAGGACAUCGUUUCUGAAUCGGCCGCUCAUUAUGUAUCAAUACUCAACUACGAUGAACAAAGGCAAGAGAAGGUGGACAACGACCGGUCCUCACAACAAUCGAGUGACGAUAUAACGCCGGCCUUCUCGCUCGCUAGAUUCGUGCCGCUUCUCGAAGAGCGCAUCCACGUUCUCAAUCCUUUCACAAGGCAAUUCCUUGUGGCUUGGCUAUCUCUCCUCGAUACAAUACCCGACUUAGAGCUUGUUCACUAUCUGCCAUCCUUCCUUGGAGGUCUCUUCAAAUUCCUUGGCGACCAGAACAGGGAUGUGAACAUUGCAACCCAAGGACUCCUAGAACGUCUACUCGCAGAGAUUGUCAAAAUUGCUAAGAUCAAAAGAGACGUUGCGGAGAGCCGGAGAAGUCGUCAAUUUGCUCGAGUGAGAAGGGAUUCUGCAAGCCAAACUCAAGCUACAUCUUCAGACGGUAGUGCCGUUGAUGACAACGCUGUCGAGUCAAUUUCUGAUAGUGACGGAGAAUCCAACGGGGACUGGAUCCCUGGCCAAGACGUGGAGAUUGAUCAUGCUGCAAUCCUCGAUAUUCUUCUCAAGUUCGUUGAUCCUUCGUCCAAUGACGAGUCUUCGUCACUCCUGCGAAUAGAGGGAUUGCCGAAGCAGAAAGAAGAGGAAAUUGGGAUUGUGGCUCUGAGAUGGAUUGAGACUUUCUUCGAAGUUGCCUCUGACGAUAUCUUGACGUUUAUUCCUAGGUUAUUGGGACAGGUAUUGCCUGCCUUAGCCUCUCAAUCAGAAGCGUUCUCCACACAAGCCGGAAGCGUCAACCGAGCCCUGAUAGACUAUGUGAUGGCUUACGAAGACCAGAACAAACAUAUUGAAACUCCUCCAGAGAACACGAAGGAGGUGGCGACGACCGGCACAACUGGCCACGGACAUCAGAAGUCAAUUGCUUCGAUUACUGAUCAGGACAUAGCACAAAUAGCGCCAUCCGAGAACACAGAGCAGCCUAAAAGUGAAGAGAGGUCACCCGAGGCUGAAGAAACACAGUCCAUCGAAUUCAAGCACGAGCUAGAUUACGCCGAGGCGGUGAGAGUGUUGCAGCUGCAGCUCCUUCACGAGAGAGAAGAGACGCGAGUUGCUGCUAUCAACUGGCUCCGCCUCCUACACAAGAAGGCACCGGAGAAAGUGCUAGCUCUGCACGACGGCACUUUCCCUGUGCUGCUAAAAACGCUGUCAGAUGCGGCCGAAGCAGUUGUUAUACAGGACCUGCAGCUAUUGUCUCAGCUCUCGAAGCACAGUGAGGACAACUAUUUUUCAUCAUUCAUGAUAGCAUUGCUGCAGCUUUUCUCAACAGAUCGUAAACUGCUCGAAAUUAGAGGCAACCUGAUUAUUCGGCAACUAUGCAUCAAUCUCAAGCCAGAACGAAUUUAUCGAACCUUUGCAGAUUGCAUCGAGAAAGACGAAGACAUUGAGUUCUCGAGCAUCAUGGUCCAGAAUUUGAACAACAAUCUUAUCACCGCACCUGAGCUCGCGGAGCUACGAAAAAGGCUUCGAAACAUUGACAACAAAGAUGGACAGGCAUUUUUCGUGGCGUUGUUCAAGGCGUGGUCGCACAAUGCAGUGGCAACAUUCUCGUUAUGCUUGCUCGCGCAGGCUUACGAGCAAGCGUACAAUCUUCUCCAGAUCUUCGCUGAUCUGGAAAUGACUGUGAACAUGCUGAUACAAAUUGACAAAUUAGUACAGCUGCUCGAAAGCCCAGUCUUCACAUUUCUUCGUAUUCAGCUUCUUGAGCCAGAGAAAUACCCUUACCUCUACAAAUGUCUCUAUGGUCUUUUGAUGCUCCUUCCGCAGUCGUCGGCAUUUGCAGCAUUGAAGAACAGACUCAACAGCGUGAAUGCGAUCGCACUCCUACAUGUGCCUCCAACACAGCCAACAUCGGCUAGAACUUCUGUUGCUGCCGGGUCUAGCAUACCCGGAUCAUCGACAAGUACGGUAGGACGCUUGGCAGGCCGACGCGAGCCUGGACCAGGAAACAUCAAUACCACGGGAGAGGUCAGAUGGCCUGAACUGCUAGACAAGUUCCGAGGCACACAAGAGAAAGCCAGAAAAAGGAAUGAGAGACUGCUGCGAGGCGGAGAUGAUGACGACGACGAGUUCGAGAGUAUGCCCAAAAUAGAAAGACGAACCAGGGCUCCAACUCAAUCAGCAGAUACAGAUGGUCAGCAAGGUAGGAUGAGUGGUAACAGUGGUCGGCAGAGUGUUGACAUUGGCCGACCGGGAAGUCGCUUGAGCAUGGAGCGAGGAAUGGUGGGCACAGGUGCAGGCUUCGGGUUGAGGCAGGCACCUAACAACAGCUCACAACGACCAGUUGGCACUAGAAUUGAGAGACGACCUGACACAGUUCCGGCAGCGGGAAAUAAUGAUAUAUACAGGCCAGCUCACAAGAGUCGGCACAGCUUGAUUGGCAAGUUUGGGAUUAGGAGUACAAGCAAGGACAAGGACAAGAAAGAGGAAAGGCCUGGAGGACAAGGAGGCGCUGGGACUGGAUUUGGCGGAAGUGCAUUGAAAAAGGGGCCUUGA